AUGGAUACAGUGUCUACAAAGAAAGGCUCGGGUGGAGGCGUAAAUCAGAUCAACUCUUGGUUCGAUCAACUGUUACCGCAAUCAUCUCUGCUUCCACAUCAGCAGCAGCAACAGCAACAACAGGAAUCAACAAAGCAUACCAUCUUGAAAUCUCGUUGGUUUAGACUAUCUGUUGUAGUGUACAUUCUAUUCUCCAUCCUGCUCACAGCUGCCCACGUUGCUUCUUGGUUAUUCUCGGGAUCUCCAUCAUCAAAUCAUUACUAUCACACAUCCAGAAGCGUUAUGGAUACGCUAAGUUACCAGCGUACUUAUGAUGCAGAGGAGGCUUAUUCACUCCUCAGUAACAUGUCGCAUGGAUUGAAAAUGUCAAAACUGUUUGCACAAGGUCACUAUGACGCACUAAAAUACGUACAACCUUUCUGGCAAAGAGCAACAAACGUGCCUGAACCACAGCAAGUAUCAUUCAUUGUCACUACAACACCCAACACCUGGAAGGACCUCGUUCAAAUGGCAAACAACUGGAACGGACCCAUCUCUGCUACGCUACACGUUUCCUCCAAAAACGACAAGGCCAUCUUGACCACCAUCGAAGCUGAAUACAAAUCCAAACCCGAACUAUUCAAAAACGUCGAUCUUCAUCUUGUGGAGACACCCAACGGCAUUGAAAAGAUGGCAUCUAUUAUGGUCCCCGUCAACGUCGAACGAAAUUUGGCCCGUAUCUAUGCACGAACUGACCACGUGUCUGAUGUGCCAUUCAACAUCGUCAUUGCCACUGACUUGCGUCAAACACUGGAAAAGAACCAAGCUGAAUACACACAAUUGUUGAGCCGAGGCGACAUGCUAGUGAUCCCCACAUUUCAAUACAAUGAUCAGCGACAGUCGAACCAAAUGCAAAUACCACAGACAAAGAAGGAAUUGGUCGGUUUAGCCGAGGGAGAGCACUUACUUGGUUUAUAUGAUGCUCAUUUCGAGUUGAAUCAAGGACCUACAGAUUUCAAAAAGUGGAAGAAGGCCGAUGCGCUGUAUGCUGUUACUGAUUACACCAUGGACUAUGAGCCGGUUGUGAUUCAAAGCAAGACGGUCCAGCCUUGGUGCUCUGAGCGAUUUGUCGAUAAAAAGUCAGCCUGUCUCUUAUCCAGCUAUUUGGCAGGGAACGAUUUCUUGGUGUUGCCUCAUGAUUUUGCUAUUCAGAAGCCAAGCAAUAAAAAGACCGCUAUAUCUGAUCUGGAUAGCGUCAUUGAAAAGAGACUGUAUUCUAAAUUCUACUGGGAGCAAUGUGUCUAUCAGGGCAGACAAUUGGAUGCGAUGGGCCUUUGGAACUCUAAAAAGUCAGAACAUAUUAGACAGCAAUGUUCUCGAGUGAUUCAAAACUGGGGCAGAGGUUUAAUUGGAAAGCCUGAAUAA